AGGAGAUUUAGAAAAAAAUUACUCCACAUCAGAUUGUAGAUUUUUAAAUUAGGGAUGUAAAAAUAGGUUUGAUUUUGCCACUUCGAAUAACAAAUGAACAGUCAGUGUGAAUCUCAGACAGCUUGUAACUUUUUCAACUAGUUUAACAUUUUAGAAAUAAUUCGCUACAGAGUAAGUGACACCUGUAUAAACGUUUGUAUAAGUAUAUUUCAAACUUCAUGGGAUAGAAAUUUAAAUUCUUUUCUUUGAACUUGAAAUUUACGCAAGAAAACGUCACCCAUAUUACAUUGUCACCCUAUUUUGUAGUGAUUAUAAUUCUCAAGUCUUUAGCUAGUUGAAAAAGAUUUCACAGCUAACCGAAUUCAUGCCGUACAGUUUUUUUGUAAAAUUAGAUUGGUAAAGCUAGCACCAUUCUUACAUCCUUGUAAAUGAAAAUCUUGAACAUCGAGGGAGACGAAUUUUUUUAAUUUCUGCAAUUUUUUUCGUCCUAACACCAAGAAAGAGCCGUCGUAUAGUCUAAACGUCUUCACCGCAUGCCACCAUCUUGUUUUUGACAAUCUAUUGCAUGCACAGACAAAUUGCACCUAUGUUAUUCACAUCUCCUACUCUUUUUCUUUUUCAGGAACACCAAAAUCAAGUGAAAAGCAUAUAUCACAACAAUAAAUGAAAUAUCUGUAACGAAAUAUCUGAAAUGAAAUAUCUGAAAUGAAAUAUCUGAAACGAAAGAUCUGAAACGAAAUAUUUGCAAUUGCGCGGCGCAAUCUUUUUUUUUUUAGGAUCACACUUUGCUUCGAAGAUAAAUAUUUUUUUCUAAAAUGUUUUUAGCAACCGACAGCGUUGACGGAACUCAAUCGUUACGCAUCAUUAAUUUGGAAGAUCUUCAGUCAAUACUCCUUCAUGGUGCAGAGAAAAAGCAGAAUAACGUUGCGUUGGGAAACCAGUUUUGGCAUCUAGAGAUUCCGGACGAUAAAGAAAUAACAGUUGCUUUACUGAAGAAGAAAUAUGAAGUCUUACAAAACGAGAACAAAUACCUGAGAAACAUGUUACAACGAAACGUGCCUCAUGAAAUGGCAGAAUUCAAUAACCCAUUCAAUUGCUCAGUGUCAUGCGGCCUUAGCUGUGUCUUGUUUGUUUUUUUCAAAAUGGAGUUCCAAGUGUGCACAAGGAAAUUCAUCAACAUGUUUCCUCGCGUGAGAUGUUGCAGUUUGGCCUUGAAACAUUUCUUUCAAAUUCGUUUAUUGGUUGCUGGUCCUAAAGAAACAAGUUUUUGCAGAUCAAUCACCGAAGACUGCAGUCUUGAUCGUGCUUUGAAAGAGGUAGUUUCAAAGUGUAUGCAAGAGGAAUCACAUCCUGCGUUACUUGUAAUCAAGUACAGGCAGCAAAAUGGUUCAACACGAGCAGGUCAUUGUGUGGUGAUCAUGCCAGAUGGUGAAUUUAUUGAUGUUCAAAAAAAAAAAUACUGGAAACCAACUAAAAGCGAAAAACACAGUAUCGGCCUCAUUUGUGUUGUUAAAUUUAACAUGGGAGUCGCUCAGCAAUGGGUCAAAAAAUGUGGGCUGGAUAUUUGCGAGGAUGAGUGCUAUUAUGGGUCCAACGCCGAUUUCCCAGGAUACACUGAUGACCUCGACUGAAGGACACAGAACACGAAUAUGUAUAACUACAUUCUCGUAUUGUAUAUAAUUAUAUAUGUGAGACAAUUAUAUUACGCCUUUCGAUUUAGACUUCAAUGUAAAAUAAAUCAUAUCCUGAGCACGGCCAGUUUGUCCAGCCAAGCAAAAAAUCAUUGCAUGAUUUCAAUGCACGCGUAUGGUAAUAUGCUUUGAAAUAUAGCUAUCAUGAGUCAUGUAUCUAUGUAUGUAACCUUUAUUUAAAAUUUGACGACUGAUAUUAUAAUAAAAAAACUCGUAUACCAA